AUGUCAUCGACAGCUUCGUCCAUAACUCCGGUUGAGGAUGCGAUGCGCGACAAGCUCGUCGCAGCAUUCACCCCAACAACCCUCCAAAUCCGCAACGACUCACACCUCCACGCCCACCAUGCGCCGAUGCAAGGCACUACCUCUAAAGAAACCCAUUUUCAUGUAACGAUAACAUCAGAAGCAUUCCAAUCCAAAUCGCAACCGGUGCGCCAUCGAAUGGUCUAUUCGCUCUUGAAGGACGAGAUGGCUAGAGAAGGAGGGAUUCAUGCCUUGCAAUUACGCACGAGGACGCCCGAGGAGGAGAAGAGGCAGGCUGAGAGGGAGGCGCAGAAUUGA